AAAUAAAACUAAAUAUGUUUAUAUAGUAAUAUAUUGCAAAUAAAACAAGCUCAAUGCGCAGCGACGUUACCAGGGUUACCAACUGUCACGACAAGCCUUCAUGCGGUGUCUAUGAAGAAAACGGCUUUAAGCACACGUUCGAAGCGCUGAUAACAUCUCGUUAUGACGUCAUCGCAGAGGCUAUAUAAAGACGAGCCGCGCUUCGGAUCUUCAGUUGUUCUGUGACCAUCGCAGCGUUCUUGACGAGAUCGUUUGAGCGCUGACUGAAGUCGACAAUAUUAAUUUGUUAACUUCGAUCAUCACAGCAAAUCUCGACGCUGAGGACACGAUGAAUCGCAGUCUGCCAGAAGAGCAACCGACGCGGAGAGGCAUAUGUGCCUUCUUCAGAAGGAAGCUGCAGGCGUUUAGAGGCCCUGCGAGCAACGGAGGGCAGCGUCGUCUGGAUGACCCGCUGCCCGGUGAGCCAGUCGUGGCCGAACCUCAGCCUGAGGUGGAUUUAACCGGCCCGACUAAAGUGCCACUUGAGUCCAUGUAUGACUUGCAUGGGAAGAAGCUGCAGGACGGCUUUCUUGUGGCUACUCGGAGAUCCGACGGCCAAGAAGUCUUGCUCAAUGUUUUUCCCAGGAAGCCGAAGCACAAGAUUUUUUGUCCUGGGUUCUGGAGUGGAGUUGACAAGAGAGUGGCCUGGAAUGUGCUGCUCUCACGACGAGAGAGAAGCCAGCAUGUGCAACAGCUGCAUCGCUGGUUCGAGGGACCAAAAAAAAUGGUCCUGGUGUAUGAAAAUCUCUCCACAACCUUGGAGAAAUACGUCAAGAAGAGCGGUGGUAAACUGUGUGAAGCCGAGGCUCGGGGCCUAGUCAAACAGGCGGCUGAGGGAGUUAAACACUCCCUGGACCACGGGGUAUUUCACGAGACGGUCUUCGACACGAACUUCUUCAUAGAAGAGAAGACCAAAAUGCUGAAAUUAAGCCUCUCUGGCGAGGUGAAGCGCAUCCCCAGCGUCCAUGAAAUCAGCCAAUUCAAGGGACGAGCCACGGUCCUUGAAAACAUGGAGACAGACAGAUGCUACGCAGAAUUUACAGCUGUUUGGCAUCUCGGCGAACUGGCAUAUGAGAUGAUUCAUGGACACGAGACAAAAAUAGGGAAAGCACCAAAGCUGGACUCCAGUUUAUCCAGAGAAUGCCGUGACUUCAUCAGGAAGUGCUUGAAGAAUGAUAAACUGGACAGAAUCAGUCUGGAGGAAUUGAUGGCACAUGAGUGGAUAAACGGAGUCGAGGAAGGCCCAUCAGACCCAGACGUGUCUGAGCCCGUCCCAGGUCCAUUUCAUGUGGGACACACGGCUGAGGUCGAGUUACCUGGGCCAACUACAGCGCCACUUGAUUCCAUGAAUCAAGGAAAUGAAAAGCAGCUGUUCGAAGGAGCGUUCAUGAUGACUCAAAAAUCUGCUGGCAGAAAAGUCAUCAUGAAAGUUCUGACCCAGGAUGCUGAAGGAGCGACGCAUUCUUUGUCCUGGGUUCAGGAGGACUGUUGACGUUCGACAGAUAAAUCUGUUGAGACAGAAAGAGGCAUCCUGAGGAAGAGGUAACGUAAGUUAAGUAAGAAAAGGCAAGUCUUUGGUAAUUCUCUGUUAAGGGAAAAAACAUUAGAAAUAGUACUUUAUAUCUUGUAGUAUUUUAUUAGCCUGCAUUUAAAAAGCAUGUAGUAUAUAUUAGUAUGUACAGAAGUAAAUGUAAAUUAUCUAUUAAGAUAAGAAACAUUAUAAUUAGUAUUUUAUAGUAUUUUUAUUAGUCUGCAUUUAAAAAAGCAUGUAGUAUGUAGUAGUAUGUAAGAAGUAAAUGUAAAUUCUCUAUUAAGAUAAGAAACAUUAGAAAUAGUAUUUUAUAUUAUUUUAUUAGUCUGCAUUUAAAAAAGCAUGUAGUAUGUAGUAGUAUGUAAGAAGUAAAUGUAAAUUCUCUAUUAAGAUAAGAAACAUUAGAAAUAGUAUGUUAUAGUAUUUUAUUAGUCUGCAUUUAAAAAAGCAUGUAGUAUGUAGUAG